UGCUUUCAGUUAAUAAAUGACUCUGAGCCAACAGGAGACGGGGUAUAAAAGAGAAAUGAAUGAAGAAUUUGAGACUUUCCCGGGCCGGGUGUCUGAUGAGUAGUGAAGAUGUCGGGGCCAAAUCUUUGGACGGUUGUCUGGUUCUUUCUUUUAUGGGCCACAUUCACCAAUGCAGAGGAGGCACAGCAGGUCACUAAAGGGAAGCUGGUAGACAAUAUUCACAUGGUAAAGGAUAUCACCGACGCCAUCAACUACAAUGAGCUACGUCAAAAAAAAGUCUUUUUCACCAGGGACUGCGAAGAACUUUAUCAGCUGGGUCACAAAAAAAGCGGCGUCUACGUGAUCCGCCCCGAAGGCUCCCCCUACCUGGUGGUCCAAUGCUUGAUGUAUGACUGCGGCGGGUGGACCGUCAUCCAGAGGAACGCCUUCGACACGACCAUCUCUUGGCACGAGACUUGGUCGGCCUACGAAUUCGGCUUCGGGGACAUCGAGCUGAACCACUACCUCGGCAAUAAGUACAUCCACCUCCUGACCACCCAGAAGUGGAACAAAGUCCGCUUCCUCCUCGUGGACGCCGAAAACAACACCAAACACGCCGACUACGACAGCUUCUACUUGACCGACGCCGGGGACAAGUACCGCCUGAGGCUGGGGACCUACGAAGGAGACGCCGGGGACUCCAUGACCUCCAUCGAAAAAAACCUGCAUGACAACAUGAGGUUCUCCACGUACGACGACGACAACGAUCGGCGGCACAAUAACAACUGCGCCAACGAACACGGGGGAGGGUGGUGGUACGACUCCUGCUACGACGCUCAACUCAACGUCAAGAACGGGCUUCACUGGAAGACGCUGUGCCAACACAACUGUAGGCACUCCCUUAUCCUCAUCAGACCCGUCCAUAUGUACUGCAACCGGGUGUAGACCGCCGGCUGGGGCCCCUCUACGGAGAUCGAUCGCUGAGGGGCUAAUUAAAAUUAGAUCCAAUCACCUCUAAUAUCAAUGUUUCUCAACUCCAGUCCUCAAGGAGCCCCAACAGGUCAUGUUUUCAGGAUUUCCAUUAUUUUGCGGUGUCUUUUACAUCUGCCCAGAGUUUAGUAAAUUCAUAAAUGAGAAUUGACACCCAAUACAAAUAAAUUCAUAUUUUCUAUUAAACAAAUGCAAUUGAAUUCCAGAAGCUGAUCGAUCGUUGUUAUAAUUAUAAAGUCUAUUAUAAAUACCUACAGCAUUG